AGCCCGGCGGCGCGGCCGCGGCGGCGGCGGAGGGAGCCCGUCCGCCCUCCCUGCCCUGCCGCCCGCCCUCCAUGUGCCGGGGCGCCGCCGGCUGCCGCGCGCCGGUUGGCUGCGGAGGGGGGAGCCGCGCGUCAGAGCGCUGGCGCUGACGUCACGGGGCUUUGUCCAGAUUGAGUGAGGAGAAAGGUCACGAUGAAGAACCAAGGUGGGGAGACCAAAGCAGCCCCACGGCCUUCUGCCUCUGCCAAAGUGAGCAGCAGCGUGGUGCUGGAGGAAGGGGACUCGCUGGAGGCUGCAGCACCCCAGGAAGCUCCCCCGGCGCAGGACGACACCAAGGGCUCCCGGCCGGCCGUGCGGGACGUCUCCGAAGAGCUGAGCAGGCAGCUGGAGGACAUCCUGAACACGUACUGCGUGGAUGCCAGCCAGGAGGGCCCGGCAGAGGACGGGCAGGGCGAGCCCCCGGAGCCCGAGGAGCCCGACAAGGGCGGCAGCGAGUCCCCGCGGAACGGCGAGCGGGAGCCGGGCGGCCCCGAGAUGAACGGCGAGAAGGACAGUGCCAAGGGCCCCGAGGACUGUGGGGAACGGGAUCAGAAGAAGGCUCAGGAAAAGAAGAAAGCCAAGGGUCUGGGCAAAGAAAUCACUUUACUGAUGCAGACACUGAACACCCUGAGCACGCCCGAGGAGAAGCUGGCUGCCCUGUGCAAGAAAUACGCUGAGCUGCUGGAGGAGCACCGGAACUCCCAGAAGCAGAUGAGGAUCCUGCAGAAGAAGCAGACACAGCUGGUGCAGGAGAAGGAUCACCUGCAGAGCGAGCACAGCAAGGCCAUCCUGGCGCGCAGCAAGCUGGAGAGCCUGUGCCGCGAGCUCCAGAGGCACAACCGCACCCUCAAGGAGGAAGGCGUCCAGCGCGCGCGGGAGGAGGAGGAGAAGCGCAAGGAGGUGACGUCCCACUUCCAGGUGACACUGAACGACAUCCAGCUGCAGAUGGAGCAGCACAACGAGAGGAACUCCAAACUGCGCCAGGAGAACAUGGAGCUGGCCGAGAGGCUCAAGAAGCUCAUCGAGCAGUACGAGCUGCGGGAGGAGCACAUCGACAAGGUGUUCAAACACAAGGACCUGCAGCAGCAGCUGGUGGAUGCCAAGCUCCAGCAGGCCCAGGAAAUGCUGAAGGAGGCAGAGGAGAGACACCAGCGGGAGAAGGACUUUCUGCUGAAGGAAGCUGUGGAAUCACAAAGGAUGUGUGAGCUGAUGAAGCAGCAGGAGACUCACCUCAAGCAGCAGCUGGCUCUCUACACUGAGAAGUUUGAGGAAUUCCAGAACACCCUUUCCAAAAGCAGCGAAGUGUUCACGACGUUUAAGCAGGAGAUGGAGAAGAUGACUAAGAAAAUCAAGAAGCUGGAGAAAGAGACCACCAUGUACCGCUCCCGCUGGGAGAGCAGCAACAAGGCCCUCUUGGAGAUGGCUGAGGAGAAAACCCUUCGGGACAAAGAGCUAGAGGGGCUUCAGGUGAAAAUCCAGCGCCUGGAGAAGCUCUGCAGAGCUCUGCAAACAGAACGCAACGACCUCAACAAGAAGGUGCAGGACCUGUGUGCCCACAGAACCCGGGCAGAGCCCGACCCCUCGGAGCCCUCCAGGGACGCGUGUCGGGACGGCAGCGAGGCGGCAGAGCGGCGCCCGGCCCCGGACGGCCCCCACGCGGGGCAGCACAGCCCGGCCCCCGCGGGACUCAGCACGGGAGCCUCGGCGCCGGGCGGCACCCGGGAGGGUGACUGAGCACCGACUGAGCCCCGGGGCCACCGGAGGGGGGAGAGGGAGGGGAACGGGGGGUGGUGCCGCAGGUUCCAUGUGACAGCGGGGCCCUGGCACGGGCUCGAGGGGCCUGGGCAGCUGAGGUUUCCUAGCUUAGCUUUUUGGAGGGUUUUUAGAACUUUUUUAUAUAUAUAUAUGAGAUAUAUAUGAGAUAUAUAAAAUAUGUGCAGGGCAACGUCCUCGGUUGUGUGGAUGAGCAGCAGCGAGCCGCCUCCCGCGUGUGCGCCGGUAACUAACACGGACACUCCACUGCCGGCCCCUUCCCACAGAGCUCGGCGUUGCCAGGCUGCGGCUCCCAAAAUCACCCGGCGCUGCUCGGCAGAGCGGCCGCGGCCAGAAGCCACCGAGCAGAGCAGGGAGGAGCUGAGCAGGGAGGAGCGGAGCAGGGCGAGAGCCGAGGCGCUGCGCUCCCUCCGUCCCCGCUCUGCCUCGGGCAGGGGGAGCUCCAGGGCUCGCUCGGCGGGUUUUGAGUGAGCCGAGGGUGUCCCGUUCCCCCGGCGCCGCCCUCCCGGGGGCCGUUGCUCUUCCCAGAAGUUGCCAAUGUCUCGAUAGCCUUACGAUUCACAGUUGCCUCUUUGCUAUACGCACACGUGCACAAGUGUAUUAAACAGUUAAUCCAA